UCGUGAUAGAUUCUCCACCAACAAGACGUCUUCGCAUCGUUCCGCAUCUAAUAAGAAAACAACAAAUCUAAGAAGAAAACGCAGCACAAACGUAAACAAAGCAGCAAAAGAUGAGCAAGCACGCAGCAACCAACACGCGAUCGCGGCCCGUGUUUAUUGAUGAGGAUCAGGUGAAGCAGCUGUUGGACUGGAAUGAGGCCCGGUACGCCAUCGAGCAAUCGUUUGUGUCGGUGUCGAAUGAGGCCCGUGAUCCGGUGGCACGCUUUGCCGAUCAACCCGUAAGCUCCCAACCGGCUCGUACCUUCGUCCAGGCGGAAGGUGGAGUGCUUCUUUGCAUGCCCGGUUUCGUUGGGCAGCACCGGCUCGCUUCCGGAUCUUCCGAGCGCUUUUCAACGUUGGCAUGUAAGCUGAUUACGGGCUUCCGCAAGAACGCCUCCAUCGGGUUGCCCUCGAUCAAUGGGGAGGUGUUUGUAUUUAACAGCACCACCGGCAAGCUGGAAGCGAUCGUCGAGGCGAACCAUCUGACUGGCAUCCGGACGGCUACCGCCUCCCUCGUCGCUACCGAUCAUCUGUUCCUGCGGCCGGCUCGUGCACGCACCCCGGACGGUACGGUCAGCAUCCAGCUGGGCAUCGUUGGCUGCGGCUUUCAGGGGAUGAUGCAUGCGAUCGGGUUCGUGCGUACGCAGGCAGCACUGGCACGUGUGCGCGUGAUACGCCUGUGGAACCGUACGCCCGGCCGUGCGACACAGCUGAAAGAGGUUCUGACCGAGGAGGCCAAGAAGACGGGCAGCAACUAUUCGGUGUUUGUGUGCGACACGGUGGAGGACUGCUGCCGGGACUGUGACGUGAUCGUCACGGCAACGGGCUCUAGCGAACCGCUCGUGUACCGUAGCUUCCUCAAGCCGAACGUUCACAUCAAUGCGGUUGGUGCUGGGGAGUUUCAUCAUGCCGAGCUGGCCCAGGACGUGUACGACGAGUGUCAGGUGUACAUCGACCAUCAGGAAGGGGCACGGAAGGAGCUGGCCACACUGCGCUCCAACAUUGUCGGCGAGGUUGGGGAGGUGAUACUGAGGGAAAACCGGCCGCAGGAGGAGAGUAUGCUACCGAAGCCGGGUGGCAUCAGUGUGUUCCAGUCGCUUGGAAUGGCCACGGAAGAUGUAACCGUUGGCAGGUUAGUUUACGAGAAGUAUCUGAAAGCUCAUUCGGAUCAAAUGUGAGUAUCGAAAGGAGGUUGAAAUCACAUUCCAUUUAAAUGUUUCCCACUUCGUUUGGAUUUAUUUAAGCAAUAUGAAGAUAAUACUGUAAUAUAGUAGCGCAAUAGUUCAAUUCUUCUUCCCAAGCUCGGCACCAAAAUAGUUACCUUUUUAUCGUAAAACACACACACACACACACACACGUUGUACUAUAUUUGUUCGGUUGGCAUGGUUUAAAAAUUGUGGAUUCGUGGCUUCGUGAUUAGGCACUAUACGAUUUAAUUCUAUUGUUUAAAAAAAUGCAUUCAAAGAUUCUUGGAUUGAUUCUACUUUA